AGAGCGAAAAGGGAUUUACUGCAAACUGGGAUUUAUCUAGUGGCGUUUAAACAGUGUUGUCGCCUGUUUUUGAGGCAGAAGUUUUAUUUUUUGGCCUUUUCUGUUGUGUAAAGCGGACGAAAAAAUAUAUUUGUCACCAACGGAGGCCAGUGCUCCACCUGCUGCAAGAAAAGACAGGCAAAAGUGACUGCCAAGGGCUCAGACCACCUGCCCUGAGGAGUCAAGGAAACAAGGAAGGAAGAAAGGAGAUUGAUCAUUCUCUGUUGCUGCCCUCUGCUUCCCACUGUAGCAAGAUGUAUGCUGAGAAAGUUGUGACGGAGGGGAAGAUGGGGAACAGGGGAAUCUCCCUGACCUGUGUGUUGACCCCCUGCCGUGUGAUUGGGGUGUGUGUGAUGCUGAUGACCCUUGGAGCCAUCGGAGCAGCCGUCUGGGCCGUAGUUUCAUACUGCACAAUGGAGGAAGACACGGGACUGUAUGAUGUCCAGGUAAAUUCUGCAGACCAACGUCUCCGGGUCUUUGACCCAGCCCAGAAGAGGUGGCGUCAGGUGUGUUCCUCCUCAGCCAAUGAGCUGCUAGCUAGCAUCAGCUGUGAAGAAGUGGGUUUUAUCAGUGUGGUGAAUUACUCUGUCACAUCGGUGUCAGAGGCCAGUGGAGAUGGCGGGGAGUUCUUCUGUGUCAGACCGCAAGAGCUCAGCUAUGGCAAGAAAAUCAAAGACUCAUUGUUCCCAUGUGACUGUGAGAGCAGGGAGGUUCUCACACUGUUGUGUCAAGACUGCGGCAGGAGAAGUUUCGCAGCGGACCGUAUAGUAGGUGGCGUGGAUGCCAGGCAGGGCAGUUGGCCCUGGCAGGUCAGAUUGGAGUACGACGGAGCUCAUCAGUGUGGAGGAGCCAUCAUCUCAAACCGCUGGAUUGUCUCAGCAGCUCACUGCUUCCAUGAGCGGCAUCGCAUUGUCAAUCGCUGGCGUGUGCUGCUGGGGUCCAUCUAUAGUAAACCAGUCAACGCCAACGUGGCGGAGGUGAACACCAUUGUUUACCACAGCAGCUACCUGCCCUUUGUAGAUGCUAACAUAGAUGACAACAGCAGGGACAUCGCUGUUCUGGCCCUCACCCAGCCCCUUACUUUCAACGAAUAUAUCCAGCCUAUUUGCCUGCCAGCAUAUGGUCAAAGACUGAUAGACGGACAGAUGGGAACAGUAACAGGCUGGGGAAAUGUAGAUUACUAUGGUAUUCAAGCAGAAGUUCUCCAGGAAGCGCAUGUCCCCAUCAUCAGUGAUGCCGUCUGUAACGCUCCUGAUUACUAUGACAAUCAGAUCACCACCAGUAUGUUCUGUGCAGGUUAUGAGAAAGGAGAAACUGAUGCCUGCCAGGGAGACAGUGGUGGACCCUUCGUAGCAGACGACUGCCUGUCUAAGACCAGGCGCUAUCGUCUGCUGGGGGUGGUGAGCUGGGGAAUAGGUUGUGCCAUGGCCAAGAAACCUGGUGUCUACACCAGAGUGUCCCGAUUUCUGCCCUGGAUAUCCACGGCCAUGAGGGUGACAGACUGCACACACUAUUUAUACAUUAUACAUAUUAUACAUUUUUAUUGCAACAUUGUAUUUUAUUGUGGCUUCACAAUGUUUUAAUAAAAAGUAAGAACAAUCACAAAGGAAUGCCCUCACCUAUUGAACUGACUGCCUAUACACACAGAAAAAUAACUUAGUGGCAUUCAGGUCAUCUUUAAACCAUUCACCAACAACACAACAACACUUUCCCACACCUCCAAAUAUAAAUACAGAUGGCCUCAUUCUCACUGUCAAAAAUAUCGUAAAGCUUUAACAUUUUAACAUGUAUUUGCCAAAUUAAGUAAAAAAUGUCUUAAUAAAGUGUUGCCACCACCAAGUCCACAAACAUCAUGUUCAGGGUUACAACAUUAAUAUCACAUACAACAUUCAAGAUUGGUGUUGAAGUUUUAGUCAUCCACAUCUAUAUAUUUUUGCAGAUGUGAUUAAUAUUUAUGCUCUCAUCCGUCUCCUUCAGAACUAUCAGAACUCACCGGGGCUUCACAAAAUGGCUAGGACAUGAGAUUCCUGCUCCCAUGUUUCCACUUUUUCUACUCGUGGAAGACAAUUUUAAAAGUCCUUGAAGAUGUCAUCGGGGACUGUUGGACAUGCAGAAGAAAAGCUGUGAAGUUCCCCUUGUAUCACUGCUGCUAGAUUCUCCUGCUUACCUAAAAAGUUUUUCUUCCUGAACCUUCCCACAUUGUUCAGUGUCCACCUAUAACAUCCUCCCCUGUAUCUUUGCAGAGAUACACAGACAGAGCUCCUAAAGGAACAUUAAGCAUUCAGCAAAGAAUGAUUGAAGUUGACUAUCUUUAUUAUGAAGUAAAAUGUUUAUAAAAGUAAAAAAAAUGGAAAAAUAUUAGAAUAAACGCACUGGAUUUAUGAUACCAGUUUUGUAAAAUAUGAUGAGAUUACUUUUCUGAGAUGACCUUUUUUCCCUUCUCUCUCUCUGUCUUUUUUUUUUUUUUUUUUUUGCUGCUUACGACUGUGAUGUCACCAGAAGUCAAGUCCUAAAUAACCACUAUAACUUGUAAGCUAAACCAAAAAAAAUGAAUUAAAACUUGUAAAACUCCCCUUAAAAGGACAUUUCACCCCAUAGCAGUCUCAUGUUGAAGCUAUUUUUUUCUACAGAGCUACAAAAGGAGGCUUGCACUACUCAUGGACGAGAGGCUCAUGCUUGUGACAGCGCGAAAUAUAAACAUUAAUAGCGUGCUCCUCAGCUGAGCUGUAACAUUAGCUAGCUCAGUGGUGCUAUGUGAGCUAGCUUUCUCGUGUGCGAUGAUUCAGUUUGUGGGUGUAGUUCAGUAGAAAGAAAAUAGUUUCUACAUGAAACUGCUCACAACAAGUCUGUGGAUU